AUGUAUCGAUGGGAAUCAGCGUCGGAAAAGCAAGAUGAGUUUUCGGCAGUUGCUACUCCGCCAAACCGCUGGAUGGUUGCGCGAGUGACUCGCAACGCAGCCACUAAUGCUGGUUGGGUCAUUGAAAGCGACGUCUGCCGGCAUAUCGACGACAUGGACCCCUCUGUCGACCUGAUGACCGACGUAUCUCAGUAUAUCCGUGCGCCUGAGAAAUUGACAGACGAGCGUAUUAUUGACCUUCAAGGAGAGUAUUUCUUAGGGGAGAAGAGGAACUUAGAAGGCUGGGCCGAAAGGAGCGAUUCUUCCACCAUCGUUCGCGUCAAACCACUCAAGGCCAACAGUGCAGGCAAUAUCUUGUUCGCAGACUACCAGCCUCAUAACCCCAAUGUGUUCAGUUUCCACGAUCCAUUGGACAAUAUACCCGCCGGUGCGGAGAUUGGCUACUCGGUGAUCGGAUGGCACGCAGACAUAAACGAAGACCCAUGGAUGGGUAAGCCGCCUAACAUGACCAAUGGGCAGCUUCUCGAGCAACUGAACAUGGUGCUGGACAAGACCAAGAUGGACCAAGCUGAUGUGACAAGAUGGACAACAUCUCAGAGUCCUGCUCGGCAUAUCUGUCAUGGAAGCACGUACACUUUGCUGAAAUGGGACCCUGAUGCCAAAUCCAUCGAUGUGCGGGAUCCCUCCCUCUCUGCAGAAGCCGGGGCAGUUAUCAUGAAAUCGGAUGGCAGCUUGGCUGUCGGUGCCGACCCAUUUGACGCUCUUGGUGCUUUGAUGCAGGCUGGCAAUGCAGGCCAGUCGCAUCAGGAUCUCCAGAAACUGCAAAACAUCGCGGUGUCGGGUACGCACCAUGCAGAUAUAGAUAAGCAGACUGAAGCCGAGGAAUUCUUGGGAGUCCUCCGGGAAUUUAAGCAAGUCGAGGGCGGAAGUCAGUGGAAAGUGGCGCCGUCCGGUGAUAAGCAAGACGGCAAAGUCAAUCGAGCCGACCAGAGAGGCUCUUCCACGCCGCAAUUGACUGACGAUGACAAGACAGCAUUGCAGCAAAUAAAUGCUGUUCAAUGGGCUUGUGAUCACAUACGGUUCAAUAUUGAUUAUCGGCGCUGGAAGCUCUUCUGCGAAUGGUGGCGCUGUGUUACAAACGAUGCAGUGUCAGGGACAGACGAGGUCUCCUCCAAUCACUCUGCCUUGGUGACUGAAAUCAAGAGUCUCGAUGACAAGCUCACCAACACCAAAAGUCACCUGGAGAAUCUUAUAAGCAAUUUCUCUCUGGACAAGACAAGGAAGGUGUCCAACUUCGAGUUGACAAAGGUUCCCUCCGAUUCCUUUAUCCAGCGAAAAGACCCGACCGUGGCACUCCUCGGCUGCAAGUCCCCGUGGCCCGACGGAUUCUCUGACUGUCAGCCUGUGAGAUUGUUAUCUCAGUGCAUCAAGGCCUUUGAAGCUCAAAGGUUCGGAGAUGAUGCAUAUCAGGCUGCAAUGGACAUGACCGAUAAUAUAGUUUCGAUUCCCACUGCCGCUGCACUUGUUCAUGGAGAACACGUCGGCUAUAUGUGUACCAGUGUAGGCGAUUCACUGCUGGAGCUCAAAGCCAACGAGGUCAUUCCGCCAUACUGCAACGCUGUCUUCAACACCGAGGCUGUCUUGGACAGCCCCCUCGUCCCACUCUAUGUUGAAUGGGAGGCAGAGUACUUCCACAUCCCGUAUAACCUCUGGGAGCCUCAGCACACCCGACGUACUGCUGCUCAAGUGUACCCAGAGCUGACACAGUCCUUGACACCAACAAAGGACGUCUCCAGCAACAAGUCUCAUUACCCGCGUCGUGCAAUGGGCGGGAGAGCUCUAUUACAUCCGAGCCCGGGCGGGUCAGUAGCAAACAUAUUGCGAAAUUCGGUUGGGAGAUUGCCAGAGAGCAUGUUGGAGGGCGUCCUUGCGGUCGACAAAAGAGAUCAACUAUAUGCUAAGAUGGAAGCCAUCCCUUCCCUCGCCUGUCGUCUCGAUGGGUUUCAAGACCAACUUGUCACUCUGAUUAGCGGGACAGCUCAUGUGCGCCCAACGCUUCCGGACGGGACUACGAUGCCUGAGGCGGUGGCUGUGGGCAAAGCUGCUGGCUUCACUGCCGACACCCUGGGAAUGAUUCGCAAUCACUGUGAUCCACUGCCAUACGGAGACGGCGUUGAUCCAGAGGCAGUGUUCAUUCCCUUUGGCCGAGGAGUGGAAGUUGUUGACGGAGACGGCCUCAUGCCAUCUAUCUCAUCGGUGUACCAGCCGUCACCUCGCGUGGUCGACGGCAAAGAGACGCCCAAUGUCGUGGCUUCCACCGGAGACAAUUGUGAAUACUUCCAGAUCCCGCCAUCUAUCAAUCAGCCGGCAAGACUGUUCAACGCGUACCGGAAGCCGGGGGCAACAGGCCAAAGCACCUGGAGGCCUUGCGGCGAGUGGGAAGAUCCGGUGUUCACAUCUGCUGGGGACUUGCGUGCAGAGAUACUGAUUUCGGAGAGCAACACCACCGCAAAAGCCGCUCACGUAUAUCAACCUCCCAUGAGCGAUGGCCUUUUCGAGCCUCCUCUGACGGGUGCUAACGAGCAGUGGAAGACGAAUAUCUUAGAUGACUUCAUCCAAAGUUUGAAGACGGAACACUAUGCUCUGCGAAUGAUCGAGAUCCUGGGCGACGCUUCCAGCUGCAUGGCGCCUCCUGCAGAAUCGUAUUCCAGCAUCAUGAACGCCGCCUUUGGUCGUCCUUUUGCGUUGGCCAUCGCUGGAUGGUCGAUUGAGCUGAAUCACGAGGAACUGCAGCCCCAGACGAGCCUACAGAACCUCACUGGGAAAUCCUACCAAAAGCUUUCUGACUACGACCUGCCUCUCCAUCUUGGACUGAAAGAAUACUCCGACGACGGUCUGGCCGCGUAUAUGCCUUUGCGGUCAGAUGCCCCAACGCAGCCAGACUUCAGCAAGAUCUUUACGUUCUGGACCAGCGGCGUACCUGAAACCGAUCUGAACGAGGAUUUCGUAUGCCACCCAAUACAUCCAUCUACUUUGCCCACCCUGAAAGCCCGCCAUGUCGAUUUGUUCGAAGGUCGCCAUCUCCUGGAAGUUGAUGACAUGAUCAAAAGACGACAAGAGCAAAUCCUUCCCUUCUGUCUCCUUGUCGACGUUUUCCACCCCGUAAAAGCCCAGACGGGCGUCCUCCCACCAUCAAGCCUAGCACUCCCAGACUGGGCCGUGCAACAAGCGCUGCGGAAGAUCAGGCUGUGCUACCGCGCGGGCCCGUUCCUAUUCCGAGAAGACCCUCUCAAAUCACUGAGCCCGACGGGAGCAGAAGAGACUCCACCGCCGUCAGCUGCUGGUGAUGCGGUACAUGUCCCGGUCGUGCCGUACGGGAAAUGGUCAUGGUUGCAGCCUUAUAUUGUGGAAGGCGACAUGAAGUACUGUAGCCAAGAUGUCAAUAAGGCUGAGGCAAAGGGUGAUGUCCUAGAAGUGCGCAAGUAUCCAUUCACAAUGGCCGAUGGUAUUAUGAUGUCGACAGAGCCGUUGCUCCAUAAAGUCUGA